UUUCAUGAUAAACUUGAGUCUUUUAUAACGAAGCAGACAAAAAAAAAAAGAAAAAUGUCCAUUACACACGCGUACGUUUAUUUAACCAACGGUUUGCAAAGAAUUGUGUCUUUGUCAUCUAUUGGGUAUUUUUUCACCCAAAGUGAAAAUGAUUUCAAUAGAAACAGAAAACAAAAGGUGUGGUUAAAAGCUGAGAGAGGAAAAGAAGAUCUCUUGCUGAAUGCCUACAUUUUACUAUUGGCCAGUGAGUUUGACGUACAAACCCGACGAGACAACAUGCGUUUAAAAUUUCCAAACAAACGGAUGUUGAGUUUUGCAAGAAAAUCUAAGCCAACUGGACUACAAGUUGGCAAUAAAAAGAAAAUGUCUAUGAAGCCAAAAGUGGAGAGGAGCACUAUUUUGAAACAGAAAAUUCUUCAUAUGAAAGUUAUCCACAAAGGGAAAAAAUCGCCAGACACAAAGAUAAUUCUGAAAGCAUGGACGUCAAUUCAAGGAGAAUAUCUUAACCCAGGAUCCUCACCCAAGAAACUCCAGGAGUUUCAACAGCUCGAUCACGAACUCUACCUUUAGAAUCUGAACGAACAAGGCCUACACAAGGGUUAUCAGCAGAAAGAAAUUGUACUCCUGUUCUAGUUCGUCCAAACCAUCCACAAAUACAAGGAGAUGCACGAUAUGUACAAAAAUCUUCUGAUGAUGAUUGGAUACAUCUUGGUGCAAACACGACAAUGCAUGUUGAUAUAUGGGAGAAAAUUAACUUACACUUAGACUCAAGAUUUGUUCGAGAAGUACUUCAAAAGCUAUCGGGAACGGAAGAACUACAAAAAAGAUGUUUGGACGAAGAGAAGGCAAACAAAGGAAAAGAAAAUAUCCCAGAAGAAGAAUACAGAACACCCUUAACCCCCGAAAAGAUCAAAAUAUUGAAAGAUUGUCUUUACCAGAAAAUAACGGAAUCUGGUGUAACGGGGAAAAAGAGGGCCUUAAGAAUAAAAAAGUUGAGGUCUUAGAUCAGGGCAAAAGUUUA